CGGUAUUUCGCCAGAACUACAGUACAUCCACUUUAUUAGGAAGACAUCAGACUUCAUGCUGUAGCUGGCUGGCUGCCGUAGCCAUGUAGCGGAAGAGGCCACAGCUUCCCCAGAGCCCAGAUCUAGCUAGCUAGUAGAGGACAGAGGACGUCAAUCCCGACGGCCCAAUUCGACGAGGAAGCCACACUCGACCUACGAUGUACAUAAAGCUACGUACCACCACGAGUUGGAAAACAGAUGCGUAAGCAAGACUUACCAGUGGCGGAUCAGAGAAGGCAGAUGUUUAAGUACAAUGCGAGCAUCUGUAGUCAUUGGGAGCUUCACUGGGUACCAAAGUGACCCAGUACCGUACCACUCCCCCCACUCCAACACUCGAGCCAGCAACCGGUAUCAGUCUAGCUAGCUGUGUGUUACACUGUCCGUACCAGUAUGGGGCUCUCAGCGACCAAAGACAAAGGAACCGUCAAGGUUGCCGAAAGAGUUGCACUGGUGGGAAAGGUUUGAGUGAUUGCUCACAAUUCCUAGAUAGCUAGAGCGAGGCUAGAACUGACCCAAUCAACCAACACUCUUUGGAUAAUCGAAUCAGCCAAGCACCAUGACAUCUCUCCCCAAGAACAGCAGCGGCAAAGACCCAAAGCCUCUUCAGUAUGCGACCAAGGCAAUUAAGAGCGUGGGAGAAGAUUGCUUUGUUUUUCACUGUGUUGCUCGGUUUGAAACCUACAAGAUCAAUCGCAAUAUGAUUGUCUUGAAGUCCCCAGACGGCAAUCUCACUGUGAUUAACCCAAUACUACUGACCGAGUCGGGAGAAAAAUCGUUGCUGAAGCUGGGAAAGAUCCAGAACAUCGUGAGACUGGGAACCAGCGUGAACUUCUACGACGGUGCGGUUGUCGAGGACGCCUAUUACCUCUCCAAGUUUCCCAAAUGCCAGCGAUGGGCACCUGGCAAACUGGCUUCUUGCCCUAGUCUCCCGAUUCACCAGAAACUGCAACAUGGAAUGACCAUGCCACACCCAGAUUGCCGUUGCUUUGUUAUCCAAUCAACCGCCCAACCCGAAGCUGUUCUGUUGCUUCAACGCGAAACGGGAGGAAACAUGCUGAUCACAGGGGACUGUCUUCAACAUCAAAUGGACAAUUCCUUUGUCAACACACCAGCAUAUGUCCAUCUGAAGGUAUCAGGAUACAUGAAGAAUCGCGUAGUAAUCAGCAAGAAAUGGCUCGAGGCCAUGCAGACUCCCGAAGAAGAUAACGCCAAAGCUAUUCGAUCUUCAAUGGAAGUCAUGACAAAAACCAAGUUUCAUCGAUUCAUUAGCACAAGUGGCAAUGUAAUGCUGAAAGUGGAGGCAAGACAGGGAGUCGUCGAUGCCAUCGAAAAGGCCUUUGUUGCAGUGGCUUAACUUGGCUGUUUAUGGCUGUGCAUAUACGCAUACCUGAUAGCCCGUCGGAAACGUAGCAACGUUGACGACACGGUGGUUCAUCGGAAAUCUCAAGAGCUAUGAUUUCGCGUCAGACUGACAGCAAGAAAAGGGAACUACGAUGCUUCCCACUCAACUUGUACAUACCAUCUUAGAAAAGCUUCAUAAGGAAGAUUGCUAUCAUAGAAAAUAGAAUCAACUCGAGAGCUACAAUCAAUGAUUUUGC